AUGUUAGAAGUUUUAUAUGAUCAAGUAUUGAUGAGACUUGAGGAAUUAUUCUACUAUAUAUUACCCCAAAGUUCUGAUUUUGAUAUGAGGUAGAGUUUGUCUUUACACACACAAUAGUUUUCUUUCACAAAGCUGGCCAUGGCAACUGGUCAUGCUAUGCUAAUGCAUACAGACAAUGCAAUACAUACAUGCUAUGCUAAUAAGAGAAAAGAUUUCUAAAAUUUUAAUACAAAUCAUUAAAAAUUUGCAUAGCAUGAUCAGUUGCUAUGGCUAGCUUCAUUACUGGGUAAAAAAAAGACACAUGCAGAUAAACAUAGGAGUGUGUAUGUGCUGGAAAAUUUGCAUAGGUACCUACACACUCAAUUAUUGUAAGCAUUAGGCUUUCAGCCAAUAACACUAUACAGUAUAUAAUGUAUACUACAAUUAUUAAAAUACAUCAAUUAUUGAAUAUUUAUUAAAUUAAAACAUUGCAAUUUGAAUUGUGAAUAUAUGAAAAGGACUUGAGUUUUGAGUUCCGAGCGUUCAGUAUAUAUAAACAAACUGAUUCUGUGUCUGGUCAUACUUACUAAUAAAAUUAAAUAACCAUUUUAAAAUUAGAAAGCACAAAAUGGUCUGGAUAACUACCAGAUUUAAUUAAACACAGAAACAGUAAAUAUAAACUUGCACUUUGAUUUUCAAUAUAAUUAUUUUUUCUUGAACAUACGUACCGAUGGACCUAACAAAGUAAACAAACAAGUAAAGGCCGAUUUUCAUCUCGACCGUAUCGUAGCAUUUUCUUUUGUGUCGAAGUCAUUAGUUCCACUCUAGUGGUCAGGAAACAAAAAAAUACGCUACGCUAGGAUACGCUUGAAGUGGAAAACCAGCUUAAAGUGCACUGAAAACGUGUUGAAACGAAUUUAGUUACAGGGAACUUAACUUCGAAGUUCAUUAAUAUUUAUGAAACAAAAAACCCUUUGACUUUGCCUUCCAUGUCGUCCAUAUUAAUAUACUUUGAAAGCCUAAUAUCGUUGGAGUGGGUCUUUGCUUGAAUUGAAGAGCUUUGUAGAACAACAUUUGAAGCUACAUGCCGGCUCUUGGACGUCCCCUGGUGGCGAGGCGAAAGUCUUUCGUUCCGAACAAUCGGACUUCUUAAUUAAAUGGUAUGGCGUAAGCUCCAAGAAGAUUGUAAUUCAAGUCGAUAAUGAAGAACGCUACUUGGAGUUGUUAUUCCAAAGCCUAGUCAACACGUAUGAAAUUGACGAAAACAAUGAAAUGCCAUCUGAAGUUAUUGCUCUAAACGACUCGUGUACUGAGGAUGCAUUAACUGAUAAGAUAAUUUCAAAUACAGCGGAUAAAACGACACAAAGUGUACACGAUGUCAAAUCUCAAGAUAACGAUCUAAAAUCUAAAGAACUAGCGGUAAAAUCGACUGCAAAUUAAAAGUUUGUGCAAACAAGAAUGAACGCCUCAAUGGUUUCAAGGUAUGUUGUUGUAAUUGUACUUGUGGUAGCAACGUUACCAAAGCAGAAUUGGAGGGAAUAAAACUUGAUAUGGCAGUUUUAGAGUCUCGACUUGUCAGCGCCUCUCCCUUAGAGGAGAUCAAGUUAGAAAUUAAAACUCUAAAAGCAAAACAAAAUAAUUUGGAGGUUGUUAUUCGACGCCAAGAUGAGUUAAUUUGCAAAAUUAAUGAUGAAAAUAUGGUUCUCAAAUCUAAAUUAUUUUCUAUGGAAUUUUUGAUGCAUGAAGAG